UCAGAGGCAAGAUACCGUUAACUUCCUGCUUUGAGUCUGAGCCCUUAGAAUAAAGCUGGGAAUGAAAAUAAACGAUGUUUGUUAUGCGCGGAAUAUAUGAACAAUCGCUUCAAAGUCAUUAAACUACAUAGUAGGCUGUCCUCCAGGACCCAUGAUGUCGGGGUCGCAGCUGUGGGCGGUGGAUGUGUACGGGCGGGCGUUCAGUCUGUGGGCCGCUGGAGGCCGCUGGAGGCGCGCCGCGGAUCUCCUGCUGGAGCUGAAGCGGGUGACGGGCUCCCAUCACUGCUGCUGGGGCAUCGGCUGCGACCAUCAGGUUUAUCUCCAUGUGUAUCCCAGUCAAGUGCCUAUACGCCACCAGGAAGAGACCUAUGAAAACCAGAGAUGGAACCCAGUUGAUGGUUACACAGACACACUCCUCCCGACAGACCGCUGGCAGUGGACCGAUGAGUUGGGCUUGAACCCACAACCUCUUCACAGCUUCGUGUUGCCGUCUGCUAACUGGGAGUGGGAGGGCGACUGGUACGUGGAUGUCGAAAGCUGCGGGAGAGAGUCCAGUGAGACGGGGGGGUGGGAGUAUGCAGUGGACUUCCCUGCCACCUUCACCAAAGAGAAGAAGUGGAACUCGUGCGUGCGUCGCAGGCGAUGGCUUCGCUACAGGAGAUAUAAAGCUCUGGGAUCCUGGGCCAAGCAGGUGCCUCUGGAGAGAGCCAGACCUCCACCAGAGCCCUUCAGUGACAUCAGCUGUGGAGGCUGGGACAUGAGUGACAGUCCUGAGAAACACGUUUACCUGUGGGCCGUGUCCCAGCAAGGGAAGCUGUGGUUCCGCACAGGCAUCAGACAGCAGAACCCGGAGGGGACGUGCUGGGAACCCACCCAGGUUCCCCGAGAGGUGGCGCAGGUCAGCGCCGGGCCGAAAGACCUGCUUUGGGUCGUUCUCUGGGACGGACAACUGCUGGCCAGAACGGGCAUCAGUAAAGACUGCCCUAAAGGCUCAUCGUGGGAGCUUGUGCUGCCUCCAAAUCAGAAAGGAGCUAUUCAUGUCGCAGUGGGAAUCAAUGUCGUUUGGGUUGUUACCAAAGACAACAAAGUCUGGUUCAGGAGGGGUGUGAAUUCCCACAAUCCCACUGGCUCAGGCUGGAUCAGUAUUGGUGGAGAGAUGGUGAUGCUUAGCAUGGGCCCCAAUGACCAGGUAUGGGGGGUUGGCAGCGAUGACCGGACUGUGUAUUUUCGUCACGGUGUGACAGCCACAGAGGUCACUGGCAGGUCAUGGGUGGCAGUGUCAGCUCAGCUUGAAGGCAGUGAAAGCACAAAUCAUUCCAGUGUCCAUGUUCACAGUGAUGCCAGUGUCUUCGCUGGUGAGGUCACCGCUCCUUCCCAAGGUUCUGUUCUGGGCUGUGAUGACACAGACAUUCCAAAGCCACGUGUCCCCAAGAUCACGAGUGACAGCUUUAUCUCUGCGCUGGUGUCUGAUCGCUCUGCUCCAGCGGCUCAUCCCAGUGUACCUGAGGACAACCAGGUGACGAGCCAAGAGUCCGAUUCCUCUUUCCUGAGCCCCAGCAGCCCGUCCGAUGGAAGCGAGACACCAUGGAGCAAUGUUGACCUGGAGGAGAUGAAGAGCUCGGAUCCCAGCAGCACUCGGAGCUCAGUGGCCACGUAUCCCAUUGAGCUGCAGCACAACACGGUAGUGCAGGAGGAGCUGCCGCCCUGGGCCUGGGUCACCGGAGGAGGAUGUGACAUCAGCUCCAGCUCCAGCUCACACGUCGACUUGUUUAACAUCUCAGAUCCCGGGCCGCUCUCUCCAUCCAUCACACCAGCCCUCGGUGCUCUAGACACAGACACUCGGACGAGAGGAGCUCAGCAAGAGAGAGAUGCUUCUGUAGAGAAGUCUGUGCGUGUGACGAGAGGUUGUAUGUCCUGGUGGAGGGACUGGACCCCUCAUCAGUGGGAGGAUGUGAGUGUGACGCUGGAGCAGGUCACCGCUGCUGGAGCCCAGACAGGAGACAUCCUUUACCUCUACUACACUCACGACCAGGAGAAGAAGUUUCUAUAUGCUGUGAUAAAGGAGGUGACGGCCCUGGUGCCCAUGUUCAGGGACUCUCUGUACACUGUGGCUGUUUACACGCCAGAGAGAACCAAACAGAGAUGCCCCAUUUUACUGGCAACACCCUCUCAACAAGACUUCAACACCUGGCGGUCUCUGUUGAACGAGUCGUGUUGUGCGUCCAGGGGUCUUGGAGAGCAUCCAUCCAAACAGGCCCUGUGGGCUGUGACGUGUAAAGGUGACGUCAUGGUCCAUGAUCCGUCACCCAGUCUGGAAGCCCCGGCGCAGUACUUACCCUGCGAGCACAUGUUCUGGCGUCAGGUUCCUGCUCAUCUGCUCUGUGUGGAGUCUAACAGUCUGGGUGUGGUGUGGGGCAUCGCUCACGAUCACACCGCCUGGGUCUACACGGGGGGCAGCAGGGGACCGUCGGCUCAGGGAAAUGAAAACCUUAACCAAGCGAUAAGUGAUGUGAGGUGCGCGUACAUCUACGAGAACCAGCGCUGGAACCCAAUGACAGGAUACACAGACAAGGGUCUUCCCACAGAUCGCUACAUGUGGAGCGAUGCUUCAGGCCUGAGGGAGUGUACCAAAGACAACACCAGGCCUCCCUCGCCGCAGUGGACAUGGGUUUCUGAUUGGGAUGUUGACUACGGUGUCCCAGGAGGGACAGAUAAAGAGGGCUGGCAGUACGCUGCAGAUUUCUCAGUGACGUUUCAUGGAUAUAAGACAAUGAAGGACUUUGUGCGACGCAGGCGGUGGGCUAGGAAGUGUAAGAUCAGCCUUAGUGGCCCGUGGCAGAAGGUUCCUCCGAUUGCACUGAGUGACGUCACCGUCUUGCCGUGUCUGGCCCAGUGCAGUCCAGAGCAGGUUCCUGUGUGGGCCAUCAGUGAGAAGGGAGAUGUGCUGUGCCGUCUGGGAGUCACCGCCAACAACCCGGCUGGUAACUCCUGGCUCCAUGUGGGCACAGACCAGCCCUUUAAGUCCAUUUGCAUAGGAGGAGGCCACCAGGUGUGGGCCAUCGCCAGGGACGGUGCUGUCUUCUACCGGGGCUCCGUGUCUGCCCACAAUCCAGCUGGUGAGUGCUGGUACCACAUACCAUCUCCCCUGAAGCAGACGCUCAGGCAGGUAUCUGUGGGCAGGACCUCCGUUUAUGCUGUGGAUGAAAACAGUAAUCUGUGGUACAGACAGGGUUUGACACCCAGCUAUCCUCAGGGUUCUGCAUGGGAACUCAUCUCAAGUAAUGUGUGUAAGGUGUCUGUUGGACCACUGGACCAGGUUUGGAUAAUUGCUGAUAAAGUGCCAGGUUAUCCAUCAGAGAGCUCAGGAACGGUGUGUCACAGACUAGGAGUGAAGCCCAUGCAGCCCAAAGGCCUGAGCUGGGACUUUGGCAUUGGGGGUGGAUGGGAGCACCUGUCUGUGAGAGGGAACUCUAUAGAGGCCCAGCGCGUGGCACCUCGCAGUCCAAUGCCCAGCCGCAUACAGAGUCAGGUGAACGGGAAUGCUGUGGGCUGCUAGAUAUAGUGCCCAUCUACCACCAUCAUCAUAAUCACCACCUUUAUCAUGCUUUACUGCAUUUCCCAGUUUGCUGUUCUUAACACCCUUCCUGUCUCCAUGUCCCUUCCAACCAAAUGUGACUUUUUUUAUUUUUGACUCCACUUGCCUGAAUAACAAACAUCACUUUUCCAGGUGUGACGUUUGAUUACUGUAUGUGUAUGAUUUGAAUCACCUGAUCCACUGAUGUCUCUUUGUUUUAAGCAUGUUAUGUUAUUUCUUGUUGCUGCAUUUGUUUCUGUAACGAGAAGACCAUUUUAUGUUAUUGGUUUGAUUAUAUUAUUUAAAAAUGAUUUUAUUUCAGUCCGCUUGCAUUGUCAGAGACAAUGCUGUAAACGUGGACACAACUUCCCUACUGUGAUCUAACAACCACUGACAUAGGUUUUUUCCCCUAAUAAAGAUCUGUUAAAAAGCA